CCUUUGGGGCUGCGACCUGCUGUCAGCGUGUCACGAUAAUAUUGACAAGCGAAGAGUGUCUGAAGCUUUUACACUGACCCAGGAUCCGUGGUCUAAUGCUGGCAGCGGAGAAGUGUUUCCAUGAUGGAGGCUUUAGCUGACAUCCUCCAUGUGCUCCACAUCCAGGCCAGUGGGUCGUCUGCGACUCUCAGCCUCUUUCUGGUGUUUCUGGGUCUUCUCUACUGGUAUUCAAUGUACCCCUUUUCAGUCCUUUCUCGAUGUGGAAUCAAACAUCCAAAGCCAAUACCUUUCUUGGGCAACUUAUUCAUGUUUCGCCAGGGUUUUUUCAACGCUAUCAGUGAUAUCAUAAAGACACAUGGCAGAGUUUGUGGGUACUAUUUGGGCCGUAGACCGGUGGUGGUGAUAGCGGACCCUGACAUGCUAAGACAGGUGUUGGUCAGGGACUUCAGCAGCUUCACAAACAGAAUGACUCUUCGCUUCGCGACCAAGCCCAUGAUGGACUGUCUGCUCAUGCUGAGAGAUGAGCAGUGGAAGAGAGUGCGGAGCAUCCUGACCCCGUCAUUCAGUGCUGCCAAGAUGAAAGAGAUGGUUCCUCUCAUCAACACAGCCACCGAUGCCCUGAUGAGAAAUCUGAAUGUCUCCGCUGAGUCAGGAGAGACCUUUGACAUCCACAAGUGUUUUGGCUGCUUCACAAUGGACGUUAUUGCCAGCGUGGCAUUUGCAACUCAGGUGGACUCCCAGAACAACCCAGAUGACCCGUUUGUCCGCCAUGCACAGAUGUUCUUCUCCUUUUCCUUCUUCAGGCCCAUCAUGCUAUUUUUCAUUGCUUUUCCAUUCAUCACGGCUCCUCUGGUGAGACUCAUCCCCAACAAAAGACGAGACCAGAUGAAUCAGUUCUUCAUCAACGGCAUUCAGGAGAUCAUUAAGCAGCGAGAGGAGCAGCCUGCAGAACAACGGCGUAGAGACUUCCUUCAGCUGAUGUUAGAUGCCCGAACCAGCAAGGAGUGCGUGUCUCUGGACCACGUUGACCCAGCGAAUCCUGCUGGCGAUCAGCAGACUCAACCGUCGGCCUCGGAUCAGGUGGACCGCCUUCACCCACAGGAGCCCUCCUCCAGGCGUCCGAAGAAAAAGAUGAUAACUGAGGAUGAGAUCGUGGGUCAGGCUUUUGUCUUUCUUCUAGCGGGCUACGAAACCAGCAGCAGCGCGUUGGCCUUCACCUGCUACCUAUUGGCCAUCCACCCUGAAUGUCAAUGCAAAGUUCAGCAAGAAGUGGAUGAGUUCUUCACCAGACACGAGUCAGCAGAUUACACAAAUGUCCAGGAGCUGAAGUAUUUAGAUAUGGUUUUAAGUGAAACAUUGCGCCUCUACCCUCCUGGAUUCAGGUUUGCGAGAGACAUCGACCAGGACUGCAUGUUGAACGGACAAUUCCUCCCUAAAGGAGCGACGCUGGAGAUCCCAGUGGGCUUCCUCCACUACGACCCGGAGCAUUGGCCAGAGCCCGAGAGGUUCAUCCCUGAGCGAUUCACGCCAGAGGCCAAGGCCGGUCGACAUCCAUUUGUCUACCUGCCGUUCGGGGCCGGUCCCCGUAACUGUGUGGGAAUGAGGCUCGCUCAACUGGAAAUCAAAAUGGCUCUAGUGCGUCUGUUCCGCAAGUUCAGCAUUGUGGCCUGCUCUGAGACCAAGGUUCCUCUUGAGUUGAAGUCGUCAAGCACUCUAGGACCUAAAAACGGCAUAUUUGUGAAAAUUCAACGUAGGGACCUGACAGAAGGUCAAGUGAAUUCUCCGCCAGACAACUAGAAACUGACCUGAUCUUCACGGACGGUGGACCAAUCACAAAGCAUUGUGCGGGUCCAUGUUGUGACAGUGACACACUGUCAGUGUUAAGGAUCUGUUCCUUUGAAACGUAUUUCAGAGGUAACAAUAUACCUCAAAGGGCUCUUCUUGGCAAGCGAGCUGGAGAGUGGAGGGAUGAUGAGACGCGAGUAAAUAGAGGGGAGUGAAUAAAGGAAUAGAAGUGUGCCUGUAACUAUAUUGAUUUUUUUUAACAGAUAGAUUUGGAGCAGGUGUCAUGAAAAGGUUAUUUAGGGAAAGCAUGUUAUCCAUUCACUGUCGAUCAAAUCUAUCACCUGAACCUAAAGGUUUGCACAUUCCCUCAUUUAAUGGCAGUCUGUUGUUAAAUGGUGCUGCUAUCUUUACUACUGCUUCCUCCCAUGCAUGAUGGUUGAUUACCUAUAUAAUUAACCAGCAUGCAAUCACUGAUUUCUAAGGUUGACAUAGACAAAGGGACAUAUUUAGGUAAGUGUUACUGAUUAUAUUUCAAUAGACAGUGUGGUCAUGUGUCCGUGUCUUUUAAACGCCGCAGAUGAAAGCUGCUAUUUCAGAGUGAAAAAAAUGUAUCCUGUUUUGUGAGAGGAAAUCCUCAUGUUGUUUAUUAUUCCUGAUGACCUGAGUCGGCGUUUAUCAAAUGUCUCAAAACAGGAAAGUGGACUUUACUCGCCCCAAAUUUCUCAGUUAAAAAAUAAAUUCAACCUCAAAAGGUGGGAGGAAAAGCAUUUGAUCCCGUUUCUCUUGAUGACCUCAUUUGUUUUCCUUCAAGAAAAACAUCUACACCGUACAGAAAGGAAACAAAUACACAGCUAUUCAUCAUGCAGGUAGAUAGAUACUUUAAUUAAUUUAUACAUAAGAGUGAUUUACAGAUGAUUACCGGUAAUUGAAAUGUGUCUAAUGAAAGAAAAUGUAUAUUUCAGCAGCUGUGAUAAAAGGCCAGAGGCCUGAAUGUGCCUGUUUGAAUGAAAUACACUUACAAUGGGUCGAAUGCCACUUAUGGAACUAAAUAUGAACGUGUGCUGAUGAUUUCUUUGUUCUGUUGUUAUUCAAUACCAGUAAAAAGUCACCUGUUAUAUCGAU